UGUUAUUAAAUCAUAAUUAGCUACAAACUUUCUGGUUUCUCCUUGUAAAUGUUUUUAUUUGAAAACAUUAUUUUCCAAUUUUUUUUAUCACUGAGUACUCUUGCUCAAACAUUUAGAGGAAUUUUAUACUUCUUAUACUGAUAACUGCAGAAUUAAUUGACUUUUGACUUAAAAUUAUGUGGGUUUUUUUUGGAAAGGAAGUGGUUUAUUUCACUGAAAACGCUUAAGUAGUUCAGAAUGUUCUCAGAUAUGUGCUAAGAUUCUCUUUGUAUAUACACCUACACUGGAAAAACUGAAACACUAAUUGCUUAAUUUAAAAAUAAUUUGCUUUAGUGUCUCAAGGCAGCUGUCGUCUUCGUGAAUAACCAGCAUCAAGUGUGAAUUGUAGGAAUGGAAAAUCAUUAGGUUCCCAGUCAUCUCAAAGUGAUGCUGAAAUUGUGCCAAAAGUUACCAAAAUGACUGUGUCUGGAAAGAAGCAAACAAUGGGAUUUGAAGUGCCUGCAAUAACUUCCCAAGAGAAUGGCCAUGGUUUGCACACACCUCAGAAAGGUGAAGACGCAAGCAGCGCUGCUCCUGGUCCUCCGGAGGCCACGUCCAAGGCAGCGGCUCCCGCUCACCCGGGGCCGGCGUCUGAAGAGCAGGGCUCCACGGCCGCACUGGGCAAAAAGGCUGGCAAGGCGCGGCAGCAGAUGGACGUGAAGGCAGAGCUGGAGAAGCGACAAGGAGGGAAGCAGCUCCUGAACCUGGUGGUCAUUGGUCAUGUUGAUGCUGGGAAAAGUACUCUGAUGGGCCAUAUGCUUUAUCUGCUGGGUAAUGUAAACAAAAGGACUAUGCAUAAGUAUGAACAGGAGUCUAAAAAGGCUGGCAAAGCUUCGUUUGCAUAUGCGUGGGUCUUGGAUGAGACUGGCGAAGAAAGGGAAAGGGGAGUCACAAUGGAUGUUGGUAUGACAAAAUUUGAAACCACUACCAAAGUGAUUACGUUAAUGGAUGCUCCAGGCCAUAAGGAUUUCAUUCCCAACAUGAUUACAGGAGCAGCCCAGGCGGAUGUGGCUGUGUUGGUUGUGGAUGCCAGCAGAGGCGAGUUUGAAGCUGGAUUUGAGACUGGAGGCCAGACGCGUGAGCAUGGCCUUCUGGUCCGAUCUCUUGGGGUGACACAGCUUGCAGUUGCAGUCAACAAGAUGGAUCAGGUUAAUUGGCAACAAGAAAGGUUUCAAGAAAUUGCUGGAAAACUUGGGCACUUUCUUAAGCAAGCAGGUUUUAAGGAGAGUGAUGUGGCUUUUAUCCCCACAAGCGGUCUCAGUGGCGAAAACCUCAUCACAAGAUCUCAGUCAAGCGAACUCACAAAAUGGUAUAAAGGACUAUGCUUAUUAGAACAUAUUGAUUCCUUCAAACCUCCUCAACGAUCUGUUGAUAAACCUUUUAGAUUGUGUGUGUCUGAUGUUUUCAAAGAUCAAGGAUCUGGAUUUUGUGUAACUGGUAAAAUUGAAGCUGGUUACAUCCAAACUGGUGACCGACUACUAGCAAUGCCUCCAAAUGAGACUUGUACUGUAAAAGGAAUCACUUUGCAUGACGAACCUGUUGAUUGGGCUGCAGCAGGAGAUCAUGUUAGUCUUACUUUGGUUGGGAUGGAUAUCAUCAAAAUGAAUGUUGGCUGCAUAUUUUGUGGCCCCAAAGAACCCAUUAGAGCUUGUAUGCGUUUCAGAGCCCGAAUCCUCAUCUUUAACAUUGAAAUUCCAAUCACUAAAGGAUUUCCUGUGCUGUUACACUACCAAACUGUCAGCGAACCUGCUGUGAUUAAACGCUUGAUCAGCGUCCUGAGCAAAAGCACCGGUGAAGUCACAAAGAAAAAGCCCAAGUUUUUGACUAAAGGUCAGAAUGCAUUGGUAGAACUACAGACACAAAGACCAAUAGCCCUUGAGCUGUACAAGGACUUUAAAGAGCUGGGCAGGUUUAUGCUACGCUACAGUGGUUCCACAAUAGCUGCUGGAGUCGUCACGGAGAUAAAAGAAUGAUGGGUCAGAAUUUCUGCGACAUUUCCAAAUGCAAUGAAAUAACUAAUCUCCGAUUUUCAAGAAUCCAGUUAUUUAUGUAAAGGAGCAAUGUGCAACUGAGAAGUUGAUAUUUUAAUGAAGGGAAAAAUUAUCUGCAAAGGAGUAUUUUAAUAAUCAUUCCCACAAAAGUUGCCAAGUUCGCCCCCUAGCAAAGAAAGGCCAAUGUUGUACUUUCAUUUAAAACACCAGCUUUCCCCUCAAAAUGUUAGUGAAUGGAUUGAUUUUGCUGAUUGAUUUAUGCCAAGUAUCAGAAACAGUAUUAGAAGAUAUUGAAUGAUCAUGAAAUGUCCCCUUCUUCAACCACACUGCAAAAUAGUUGCGGUUUUUCUUUUCAUCCAAAUGCACUGCACAGAUUUUAAAGAAAAGUAAUUUAACUAGAAUUUUGAGGUCAUUGACAUUUGACCUCAGCCCAUUUUUAGUUAACUCUAAGAUUUGCUGAAAGUUAAAUAGAUUACAUUUUGUGUUGAGCAUACAUAUGUCUCUCCGACAAGUAAACUCUUGAAAGCUUAAUUUGGAUUUAGUGGAAGUUGUUUUUCUGGCAUCCAAGGUAUUAUUUAAGUUGUAAAGCCUGCUAAUAAAAUGCUGUAGUGUGAGCAUAA